UAGAAUUUAUGAGAUUUUGGUUUUUUUCUGGUGUUGAUUUUUUACCCGAGUGACUUUUAAUUUUCCCAUUAAUUGAUUGUUGAUUAUUAGUUUGUUUUGCGUUAAUUAAUAACCUAGUUGAUUGUUUCUUUAUCAAUAUGGCUGCCCAAAUGUUUUCUCGUCAAUUGCGAUCCCUGAUGAGUCAAAUGAGUCGAGAUGUGAUUAGACCAACAUUGAGACGUCCUCUAAACACUUCUAUAUUCCAAGCAAGUCAAAGGUUGAAUAUUGAUUGUUUUAAACCAUCCGACAGGAUUAACCGAUUAUCUUAUCGACUUCAUAUGGGUUUGUCCGAAAGAAAUAGACCUAAAUUGGAACCAGCAGUGAUUGAGCAAAGAGUAAUGAAAAUUUGCAAGGCCCAUGAUCGCAUUGAUGGUACCAAGUUACUUAGAGUGGAUUCAGUGUUGAAAACAGUUUCUAGACAUUAUGGACACAAACCUCCUCUUACUUACGAUUUCAUUCGUGAACGAGUUCUUCUUGUCCUCAGAUUAUACGACAAAAUUGACCCAACCAAGCUUACACUGGAAGCACAUUUUAUGAACGAUUUGGGAUUGGAUUCAUUAGAUCAUGUAGAGGUUAUUAUGGCCAUGGAAGAUGAAUUCCAAUUUGAAAUUCCUGACAGAGAUGCUGAAAAGUUACUCAGACCGAUCGAUAUUGUUAAAUAUGUGGCUGAUAAAGAUGAAGCAUAUUUUGAAUUACAAGAUACCCAUGAAUACCCUAAAUAACAAGUUAAACAUUUAAUGGCCAGUUUUGUGUACAAAACAAAGAUCCUUACAGAAUUCUGGUUCUAAACGUUAUCAAUUGUUUAAUUUAAACAAAAGUGGAUGGAAAACAAAAUCCAAAAGCCAAAAGUACUAAUAAUAAGAUCCAACAUUUGUGUUUUCUUUGUAAAAAAACAACAACACCAACAACAACAUGGAAUAUAGAAUGGAAUUUGGAAACAAUGAUUUAAAUAUGUAGUCUAAAUGUUUCAAUCAAUUAAAUAAAAAACAUAACAAUAAAUAGAAAUAUUAAUUAA